AUGUAUCUGAUCAUUGUGUUUGGAAACCUGCUCAUUAUCUUGGCUGUCAGCUCAGACUCCCACCUCCACACCCCCAUGUACUUUUUCCUCUCCAAUCUGUCCUUUGUAGACAUCUGUUUCACCUCUACCACCAUCCCAAAGAUUUUGUGGAAUAUUCAGACCCAGAGCAAAGUCAUAACCUAUGAAGGCUGCAUCACCCAGAUGUAUUUUUACAUUUUCUUUGGAGAAUUAGAUGACUUCCUCCUGACAGUGAUGGCCUAUGACCGCUUUGUGGCCAUCUGCCACCCUUUGCACUACAUGGUCAUCAUGAACCCCCGGUUCUGUGGACUGCUGGUUCUGAUAUUCUGGGUAACGGUUGUCUCCUUAUUUUAUUGUACGGCCUUAGGAGUGUACCUUAGCUCUGCUGCUACCCACAUCUCACUCUCAAGUGCAACAGCCUCGGUGAUGUACACUGUGGUCACACCCAUGCUGAACCCCUUCAUCUACAGUCUGAGAAAUAAAGACAUAAAGAGGGCUCUGAAGAGAUUCUAUUUGAUGCCAAGUAUAAAAUGGCCAAUUGUACUAGGGGUGAAGAAGUGCCCUUGA